AUGGAUUCAACUCUGAAUCUUGAAUUCAGAGAUUUGAAUGAACAAUUGCGAUCUUGGAAUAGUGCAAUAAUAAGAAUGAAUCAGUCUAUAGAGAGUAAUGGCGAUUUUAUUCGCGCAUUACCAGUAAUUAACGUUUUAAAAGAAUCAGCAGAUGAUACAGUCAAGGAUGAUUCAGUACGAUUACUUGAUAAGCUUCCUUAUCUUGAUUUCGAAAAUACUCAAAAACCACUGAAAAUCCGCUUCUUUGUUGAAAACAAGGACGAAACUGUCGUUCUUGAUCAGUACAAACUAUCACUUCUAUCAAAUGGAUGGACUUCUUCUAAAUCAUCAGCGAUUAAAUUUGACCGAAAUCAAAAAAUUGUUGGUUUUAGCGGUAAUUCAUACUUUUUUUGCAUUGAUCCAGUUUUACGUGCAGUUAUUUGCUCAUGGUAUUGCCCAUCCAAAUCAGCACCAAAUUUUGUCGUUGAUUUUGGUUGGAAUGACAAAUAUGUUGCUUUAUCAAUGGAAGACAACUUCAUACGUAUUAUAAGUAUGUCUACAAACAUUGUCGAAUACGAAUUUCCUUCAAUUAUUGAUCAACCAAAUUUAAUACGAAUUAGCGACGAUUCUGAGCAUUUAUUUGUUUGUAAUAACGUAGGUGAAGUUGCCAUACAGAAAUUGCAUCCUCCUUUCAAAAUUGUCAUGAAAUUCCAACUGGAUUUCACUCCAUCUGAUGCUUUUUUUUCCGAAGACAAUGUCGUGAUAAAUGAUGGCAAAAGCGAAUAUAAAAUCAGUUUAAAUGCAAAAACAAUAGAUUUGGCCGGCAGAGUAAAGAAGAAAUCAUCAUUAAAAGUUUAUGUCUCAGAUGGAAGGCUAUUCCUUGAAGAAAAUAAACAAAGUUGUGAAAUACAUACAAAUGGCAUCCCUGUUUCUUGUGCUUCCAUUCAGAAACAGCAAAAUCCAUUAAUUGUAGCAAGCACAGUUGAAGGUGGAAUAUAUAUUUGGCAGCUGAUGGAAAUCCCAAGCAUGGACAAUUGA